AUGGGGCUUCAGCGGGUGGAGCCACGCCGCGCGCCCCUCGCGAGCGACGCCCGCGGCCAGCUCCAGACGCUCGCUGACGCCUGGGGCGAGGGGGCAGAGUGCCCGGAGCAGCUUGCCAGGGAACACCGCCAGCUGCACGCCCACUGUAGCCUUGCCAAAGCCCUGUUCACUGGCCUCCCCUCCCUGACGCUGAGACCGCCUGAGGGGCAGGAUAAAGUGAGGUUCUGCCUGGGGGCGCAGGUGGCGCUGAAGGGCGAGCUGAAGAAGCUGGAGGCCAUCCGCGAGGACAGAUACCUCGAGAUGGAGAAGCAGAAUUACCGGAAGAUGCUCGAGCGCGAGGUGAAGGAGAAGGAGACCAAGGAGGAGCUCCUGAAGAUCACCGCGAAGGCCCAGAAGGAGCAGCUGUCGGUCUACAAGGACAAGAAGUUCAAGGAGAUCGAGGAGGAGAUGCUGGAGGGCGAGCUCCUGAAGCGAAAGGCCGCGCAGGACUUCGCGUCCGAAAAGGAGAUCGAGGUAAAGAGGCGGGAGCAGGCCGUGCAGGCGGUCAGCCAGACUCAGCAGGCGAACCAGUACCUCAAGCAGCUGAAGGCGGAGGAGACGCUCAAGGAGAAGAGGGAGGAGCAGAAGAUCGAGGAGUUCGCCAUGAGGAAGGAGAAGAUGCUGGCCCUCCGCAAGAAGAAGGAGGAGGAGGUGUUCAACGCGAAGCAGGCCGCCAGGGCCAAGAUCAUCGACCAGCAGGCCGCGCGCCUGGCGGCCAUGAGGGACACGGAGGACCAGCGCAUCGAGAGGCAGGUGCAGGAAAAGGAGGACUCGGACAGGCGCAAGCUCCAGGAGAAGGAGGAGCUGCGGAAGUGGGUGGCCGACAUCGAGAAGAGCAGGAUGGCGCAGAUCGACCGCAAGCGCAGCCAGCGCGAGCGGGAGAGGACCGAGGACGCGGAGACCGCCGAGUUCUUGCAGGAGUGGUGCAAGGUGCUCGACCGACAGGAGGCCAACGAGGUGGCCGUGCGGAGGGAGGCGGCGGCCAUGCUGCAGGCCGAGCACAAGAAGGCGUGCGAAAUCUCCCGCCGCAAGAAGGACGAGGAAAAGAGGCUCGAGGUGGGCGUGAAGACGCAGGCCAAGAAGGCUAUUGAGUCCGACACCGCGGAGUUCCACCAGUACGCGGAGGACAUAAUCCGCCAGUACGCGGCCGACGGCAAGAACGUGAUC